AAUUUUUGGAAAAUGCUAAAAUUGCUUCCAGGAAAAUAAAGCAAUGUAUUCUUGGCUGUUCCAAAUUAUGUAUAAGGCUUUUCAGAUGAAUUCAGAGAGUAUAAAAAGGAACAGAAGUGUUACACUCAUUGUUGAACUAAUAUAAUUGUUUCAAUGAUGUCUUUCUGAGAUCAUCUCAUCAAAAGACUACCUCAUCCUUAAUUUAUAUGCAACCCUCGGGUGCAAGUCGCGGUGUCAAGUAGCUGAACUUUAAAGGUAAACACUUGGGUUAAUAUUGUUUGUACUCGAAGACUCUGCCACUCGCACACCUGACUAUUGUUGAGGCCUGACUACGAAAAAGAAAAAGAGUCCGGCUAAUGAGUGCAAUGACUUGUUACCCACAUUUACCACCGCUGAACGGAAGCCGCAGACGACCCAGAAAGCCUAAGGUAAUGUCUGGGAACUUUGCUCAGGUGCUGCUGGUCAAAGUUGUUGCCUUGCUGUUUCUGUUUCUCUUUUUGUUGGAGGGAGCAGCCCCUCCUCAUCUUCGUCCGCUCCAAGCACGCAGUGGAGCUGCACGACGUGUAAAUCAACGAAAUGGGUUACAAAGCAUAAAAGCCUGGGCCACAAUAACAGGUAGGUUCCCCACGAUUUCAUCGACCAGCCCCUAAUCGCAUGGCCCAAAUAAGCUCGAUGAACGGGCGUCGAGCGGGCUUCGCUUUCCUCGGAAAGACUUUCACUCACUUUUACUUUAGCCAGUUACCAGUUACCCGUUGUAAAUGACCAACGGUGGCUUGGGGUCUGACGUUAGUCCCGCUGGUUACCAAACAGCCAGUGGCCACAACACUAACCAGACUUGGUUGCCAACACCAUCAUUAUCUUGGCCAGCACCGAAGCCAGCUACCGGUCAGUUACAAUCCCAACGUCAAUUCGAAAAGACGCGCGCGCAAACGAAUAAAAUCAGAAAUAUCAUAGCAUACUUAUCAUAAGUUUGCCAUCUUAGAGCACUUCUAAAUUUGGAAUACUUCGGCUCCCUCUCUGACUUUUUGAAGUCGACCGCUGCAAGUUUAUUUUUAAUCUAAUCAAGCAACUAAGUAAAUGAAAAUCAAAAUGCGUUCCUGUGGACCGAGUUUAAUUAAAUACGUGUUAUUUGCCUUUAAUGUGCUAUUUGCGCUUUCGGGUCUUGGCAUUCUCGUGGCUGGCGCAAUUGUUUUGGCCGAUGUCAAUGAAUUUAAUCACUUUGUGGAGGGUCGCGUUCUGGCACCGCCAAUUGUCCUGAUAGUCACGGGGCUGAUCAUCUUUCUCAUCGCAUCGCUGGGCUGCUUUGGCGCCAUCAAGGAGUCUCCCACUCUGCUGUUGACCUAUGCUGUGCUGUUGGCCAUGAUCUUCAUCAUUGAGCUGGCCGUGGGCAUUGCGGCUUGCGUCUUCAAAAGUGACCUCGAGGGCAUGCUAAAGAACUCACUUAUGGAAUCAAUAAAGCGCUCCAACCACGAGGACAACGUUGCCUGGGACAAUGUGCAGCGCAAACUCAUGUGCUGUGGCGUCGACACUCCCGCCGAUUGGAAAGCUAUCAGCCUGAACAAGACGCUGCCGGCGAGCUGUUGCCAGCCUGAGUUUGUGGAUACCGCCGCUGGAAAUUGCUUCGAUUCACCAGCACUGGGCAAGGACAAGUUCUUUCAGGAAGGCUGUGUGGGCAAGCUGAAGGAGCGCAUCGAUAAGAAUGCCGUCAUUCUGAUUGGGGUCGGCAUCGGCAUCGCAUUCAUACAGAUUCUGGGCAUUGUCCUUGCUUGCUACCUGGCAAGCGCCAUCAGAAGACAAGCAAACUAAUUAGCAUCUCAUUAAUUAGCUAAUGUUUCGUACUUAGAAUGACAAGUUGAUUCCCGCCCAAUUCGCACAUUCAUUGAAUAUAAACGAGGAUUUCUCAUGCUUAUUUUUAAAUGUCUUCAGACGAUUUUUGUACCCUCACUCAAAGCAUAGAAUAAUUUCGAAGAUCUUAAGGUGUUGCUAAUUCAAAAACCAAAGAGUGCCUAGAGGCACUUAUUACUUAUAGUAAUUUGUAUUAAGUCAUUUGAAUUACAGUUGUUAGUU